CAUACCCAGCUAAUAUAAUCCCAUAUCCAUUUUCGGCGGCAACAUCGGAGAGGCACCACUACCAGCGCAAAUUCCCAGACCUUCUUCUUCAGUUAUACAUUCUCAAUUCAAAUCAAAUCAAAUCGUACACUGAAAAAAGCUUAACGAAAAUGGUGCGUAUAGAAGAAAAGCAAGGCACGAUAGUGCCUAGUUCGAUGCCCCAGCAACAAAACCCUCUGCAGCAAUUGCAAGCUAAGUUCAAGGAAGUGGAGAACGGUUUCAGGGCUUGGUUAUCCAAGCAACCCUUGCCAGUCGAGGCGACUGUUGUAACCACCACCGGCGCAGCUCAGGGCGCUGCUAUCGGUGCUUUAAUGGGUACCCUCACCAAUGAUAUUUCGUCCUCUCUUCAAACUCCCCCUCAAGCUUCCCUAAAUCCUCAAGCUAUGGCUUCUUUCAAACAAGCCCAGGCUCUAUCAGGGGGUCCUUUGGUACAAGCUCGCAACUUUGCGGUGAUGACCGGUGUUAAUGCCGGCAUAUCUUGUGUUAUGAAAAGAUUGAGAGGGAAAGAGGAUGUGCAAUCUAGCAUGGCGGCAGCUUUUGGUUCUGGGGCCAUGUUUUCUUUAGUCAGUGGCAUGGGUGGACCAAAUCAGGCUGCAAAUGCAGUCACUUCUGGUCUAUUUUUCGCACUUGUGCAAGGCGGGCUUUUCCAGUUGGGGAAAAACUUUUCUCAGCCACCUGUUGAGGAUGUGAAUUAUUACAGAACAAGAUCCAUGUUAAACAGUCUCGGCCUGCAGAACUACGAGAAGAAUUUCAAAAAAGGCUUGUUAACAGAUAGCACAUUGCCUUUGCUCACUGAUAGUGCUCUUAGAGAUGUGAAAAUACCUCCUGGACCAAGGCUCCUUAUUCUUGAUCAUAUUCAAAGGGAUCCAGUAUUAAAAGAGAAGCAAGGGCACCGUGGUUGAAUUUUUAUUAUCGAGCCAGUUCACAACAAAGGGGCUAUUUCUGGCAUAUCUGAAAACCGGAGGAGGGAGGUAGUUUGUUUUUUUUUCCUUUGGAUUAACAUGUUUGCUCUAGCUUUGAUUUAGUGAAACAUCGGAUAAACAUUCUAAUUUUUGUGAACUCGAAUGCAGUAGUUUUGGUA